CUCUACUAUCUGAUCUACUAUCUCAUCUGGAGGUUGAGCUUAAUGAAAAUGAGUACUCUGAAUGAAGCAUACCUAGAACACCCUCUCACCCUUGGUGAUAUCAUCCCCAUAGACUUUUCCUCUUCCCUGAGUUUACCCGAUUCCCACACAUGGUCUCAACCCAUUGAUGAUGAUGUUUUCUCAUUGAAGAGUCCUGUAUCAUCACCCAUGCCCAUCAUAGACAUGAUGGAUCCCAAUGCGAAGAAACUCAUAGCCCUUGCAUGUGAGAACUGGGGUGGCUUCCAUUUGAAGAAUCAUGGCAUACCCUUGGCUGUCAUUCAAGGUGCUGAAGAUGAACUCCAACGCCUCUUCUCUCUCCCAAUUCAACAAAAGAUGAAAGCUCUCAGAUCCCCCGCUGGAGCCACUGGAUAUGGCAUCCCAAGGAUUUCACCUUUCUUCCCCAAGUUCAUGUGGCACGAAGGAUUCACCAUCAUCGGUUCUCCCUCUCACGAUGCAAAAAAGUUAUGGCCCAAUGAUUACCAACAAUUUUCUGACAAAAUGGAGAAGUAUCAGAAGGAAAUGAAUACUUUAGCGGAGGUUCUGACAGAAACGGUGUUGGAUGUGUUGGAGAUUCCUGAGGAAAAAAGGAAGUGGAUGGGUACAAGCGACGUUAGCACCAUUCUGCAGUUGAAUUUCUACCCAAGUUGUCCCGAACCGAACCGAGCCAUGGGUUUGGCUCCUCACACUGACAGUUCUAUCUUCACAAUUGUUAAUGUUAAAGAAAGUGGUCUUCAACUCAUGAAGGAAGGAAAGUGGAUCCCUGUGCAGCCUCCGCCGGACACUCUCCUUGUUCACGCCGGCGAUUUUCUGCACAUGAUGUCCAAUGGACGCUUCUGCAGCCCACUUCAUCGCGUUGUGUCGACUGUGAGCAAGAAACGUUUCUCCAUUGCUUAUUUCUACUCUCCACCCACAGAUUAUGUGGUGUCUCCGUCGCUAACCGGAGAUCUUGAUGUUGCUCGCUUUCGUGAUGUGACUGUGAUGGAGUAUAUUGGGAUCAAGGCUGACAAUUUUGGAAAAUCCCUCUCUGUCAUUAGCACUUGAAAUGUGUUUCUUUAGUUUAUCUUCAUCU